AUGUCGCAAGCUCCACGCGUGAUAUACUGGUUCCGUACGGACUUACGCCUGCACGACUCUCCAGCGCUGGCGGCAGCACUUGAUCUGAAACCAGAAUGCCUAUAUCCUAUCUGGACCUGGGACCCGCACUACGUCUACCGCGCCAGGGUGGGCGUCAACCGCUGGCAAUUCUUGAUCGACUGUCAAAACGACCUCUCCCAAGGUAUUACCAAAAUCAACAAGAACUCGAAACUCCUCGUGUUACGCGAGGCUCCUCAGACUUUGUUGCCAAAGUUAUUCAAAGAGUGGCGAAUUACACAUUUGGUGUUCGAGAAGGAUACAGACGCGUAUGCGCGAGAACGCGAUGACAAGAUUUGCGAGAUUGCCAAUGAGAUGGGCGUUAGAGUGAUCACGAAGAAUGGACGUACGCUCUAUGACAGUGACUUACUGAUUGAAACAAAUCGUGGGAAGCCAACAAUGACUAUAGCGCAGGUGCAGGCGGCAGCAGCGAAACUAGGAAAGGUUGCGGAGCCGCUGCCGGCGCCGACAAGUCUGCCUGAUCCAGGUGAUCUCACGCUUGGGUUUGAGCAGGAGAAGCCUGAGUCCGAACCUGACUUUAAUCGGACACAUCGGACCAGCGAUGAGGGCUCUUACGAGGUUGGACUCGCCGGACCACAAGGCGACUUCUCUGUACCGACUUUGAAAGAGCUCGGAUUACAAGAAGCGACUACGCCUCAUCGAGGAGGCGAGUCUCUGGCCUUGAAAGUACUCGACGAUGUCAUUUCCAACGAGACAUUCACGGCGACAUUCAGCAAGCCCUCCACUGCGCCAACGGCAUUCGAGCCACAAUCUACUUGUCUGACCUCACCUCAUCUGCACUUUGGCUCCUUGUCCUGCAGACUAUUCUGGUACAAAGUACAAGAAGUUCUUGACAGGUACAAGGGCAAAGCUUCUGAGCCACCUACCUCCUUGCACGGGCAACUGCUCUUCAGAGACAUGUACUUCGGCGCUCAAGCAGCGAUAGGUUACCCAUUCGCGCAAACAGUAAAGAACGAUCACUGCCGAUUCGUGCCUUGGCAUUUGCCGUCCAAGGUUGAUGAGAAAACUGGGUUGAUCACUGGAGAAUACGGGAUAGAUGAUCCAGAGAAGGAGGCGUGGUUCAAGCGCUGGCGCAACGGUAAAACCGGGUUCCCUUGGAUUGACGCCUUGAUGCGGCAGCUAGCACUCGAGGGCUGGAUACACCACCUUGGACGCCACGCUGUAGCUUGCUUCCUGACGCGUGGCGGCUGCUACAUCCACUGGGAACGUGGUGCAGAAGUAUUCGAGGAACUACUCAUCGACCAUGAAACAGCUUGCAAUGUUGGAAACUGGCAAUGGCUAGCCUGUGUCGCAUUCUACUCCCAAUACUACCGGUGUUAUUCACCGAUUGCNUUUCCCCAGAAAUGGGACAAAGAUGGCGCAUUCGUCAGGAGAUAUGUGCCCGAGCUCAAGGACAUGCCUACGAAGUAUAUCUAUGAACCAUGGAAAGCACCCAUCCAGGACCAAAAGAAGGCAGGCGUUCUGAUCAAAGGCGAUGGCGAGCAACANAAAGAGGGUGGUUUGAAUCUAUAUCCCAAACCCAUCUUUGAGUUUGCAAAGCAAAGAGAGAUCUGUAUCAACGGUCUCAAAGGCGCAUAUAGUAUUGGGCUGUAUGGAGAUUCACCGAAGGUUUUAGAUGGCACCUGGAAGGAAAUGUUUGACGAUGAUGCCGAGGGACCGACCGAAGGCCAUCGAGGAGGACCAGCUGGAUCUUUGGGCAACGAAGACGCUCACGGUACGGAGGAUCUCAAACCGGACAGCAAGUCUACACCGUCCAAAAAGAGAGGUGCUCAAAGUACGCUUGAGAACGCGUUCAAGAAGGCGUUCAAGAAGGCGAAGACAUGA